AUGGACGGUAGACCUGCCUAUGAGGGGGCUCUCGAUGAGCCCCGACUCUUUCAACAGCUCCCUAAUGAAAUCGUGGAGCUCAUUCGCGCGGCUUCGGGGACUCAGUACCUGAACGCGCUUGCGGUUGGCGCAUUAAAGCCGCAAUGUACAGAAGGAUUCUUUGCCCUAUACAAACCGAUCUUUGUCGACAUCGCAGCACGGUGGCUGCAAUCCGAUAUUCCUGUUAACCAAGUCGACGUCCUUUCUGCAUUCGCGCGUAUCCUACCUUUUGCGCCAUACCUCCGAUCAUUUGCCAGCCAAUACACAUUGUCUCGAGCUGGCCCUCUAUCGAAAGAACUAACGUCUUUGCAGCUGGACGAUACCACCAUCCGUACAUUACUCCUUGCAAUUUUCCGACUUCUUUCAUUCGACCUCGAAGUAUUCUCAAAGGCCGUGUCGCCGUCGCAAAUCCAGUCUCUCUUCCGUCAUUCAGACCGUUCGAUAAGAUACCUCGCCGUACGAUGCUUUGCUCUAUACAUGCAUGCAGCGGAUGCUGCGACGGAGAAGAUGGUUCAGAGACACGUUGGGGAUGAGCCAAUUAAAGGGGAGUGGGAAGGCAUUCCGAUUGACUACCGCUGUUUGGGGUUGUGGGAGGAACGGCGAUGGGAAAUGCUGGAAAAGCAGGUCCAACAUGCCAGGUUAACCCGGCCAGACGCAGAAUGUCUGUCGCAGGCAGAGAUGCUACGGGAGUUUUUCACUGCACGGACUGGGGAAGUCUCUGGCGUUUUGAUCCCGAAGCUUAACGAGGUACCAGUCCCUCCAUCGGCCAUUGUGAGAACACCGACAGCCGUGGGGAACCUACGCAAGAUUGCAAAGGCCUUACUCGACCCUCAACCACUCUUAUUAGUUGGUUUACCGAACUCCGGGAAGACGUCUUUGAUCAACGACAUUGCUGCAAUCAUGGGCCAGUCCGAAUCCAUGGUCACAUUACAUUUGAACGAGCAGACUGACGCUAAGAGUCUCCUGGGAAUGUACUCGACGUCGCCUGCAACGGGCUCGUUUGCUUGGCAACCGGGUGUGCUAACCAAGGCCGCGAGAGAGGGCCGAUGGAUCUUGAUUGAGGACCUAAACCGCGCUCCAUCUGAAGUCAUCGGUCUCAUUCUCCCAAUUAUUGAAAAGGGAGAGCUCACCAUUGCCAGUAGAAAAGAACGCAUAAAGUGCGCUGAUGGAUUUAAGAUCAUUGCGACGAUGAAGUCUUCCUACAACAUUGCUGGUGAAGAAAUCGCUCCGGCUACCACCAUCCUUGGGAGCAGGCUGUGGCAGCGAGUACAAGUCGAUUCUCUUUCCGUUGACGAGAUCCGCGUUGUUAUUAUGCAGAAGUUCCCUCUGCUUGAGUCUCGUGUACCUGUCAUUAUGGACGUCUAUCAACGACUUUGCUCGGCGUUCCAUGGGAACCUCGCCGUCCGGAGCUCGCAGGGACGGACACCAGGCUUCCGCGAUCUCAUCAAACUAUGCAGUCGAUUGCAUAGACGGUUAGAGCGUUUGGGUGCCAAGACAGGCUACGAACCCACCCCCGAAGGCACUGAGGACGAAAUAUUCUUAGACACCGUUGAUAUCUUUCUCAGAUACAUUCCCGAGAAGUCCAUGGAAAGUGCCCUGGCCGCAGUUGUGGCCGAAGCGCUUCAGAUGUCUCCUCAGCGAGCAAGAUUUGCCCUCCAAGAACGGACCCCCGUGUACUCGGAUCAAGGUAGCAAUUUGAUACUUGGGAGAGAAAACUGCCGAAAGAUGAAGGUUCCGAGUACAUCGGCAUCCAAGCUUGCGGCCGCAUCGUCACGAUUCGCUUCCACUCGGUCCGCUUUGAAGCUUAUGGAACAAGUUGCUGCUUCAGUGCAGAUGGCUGAACCUACUCUCCUCGUCGGUGAGACGGGCAUCGGAAAGACGACAGUUGUUCAGCAGCUCGCGACAUUGAUGCGACAGAAGCUCACCGUUGUCAACUUGUCGCAGCAGAGUGAAAGCUCUGAUUUGCUGGGUGGUUUCAAACCUGUCAACAUCCGUACAAUGGCGGUCCCGAUGUUGGACGAGUUCACCACACUGUUUGAGUUGACAUUUUCGGCAAAGAAGAAUCAAAAGUUCUUAAUGUCAGUAUCUAAGAGCGUCGCGAACGGAAAUUGGGCACGUUUGGUGAACCUCUGGCAUGAGGCCGUUCGCUUAGCCGAAGGCGUGUUCAAUGUAAACCGUGCUCCAGGUGGUGACGAGCAACCAAGCAAGAAGCGCAAGCUGGAUUCGCCCAAGUACCAGCUCCUACGACAGAGGUGGCAACGGUUUACAACUCAGCUGAGUGACUUCGAAGCCCAGGUGUCCCAAGGAGAUGCCAAGUUUGCCUUUGCUUUCGUCCAAGGAAAGAUUGUCCGGGCACUACGGAAUGGAGAAUGGGUCCUCCUCGAUGAAGUCAACUUGGCUUCGCCAGAUACUCUUGAGAAUAUUGCCAGUCUUCUCCAUCACGGCAGCGAAGGAUCGCCUUCUGUUCUACUUUCCGAAGCUGGUGAUGUUGAGAGGGUGUUUGGGCAUCCCGACUUCCGCAUUUUCGGCGCCAUGAACCCUGCAACGGAUGCAGGGAAGCGUGAUCUCCCUCCCGGCCUCCGCUCUCGUUUUACCGAAUUCUACGUACACUCGCCCGAUAACGACCUUGAUGAUCUGUUCGCCCUUAUCCAGAAGUAUCUCGGAGACUUGACAAUAGGUGAUUCGCGGACUGUGCCGGAUCUCGCGCAGCUGUAUAUGGAGACAAAGAAAUUGAGCACCGACAACAAACUCACCGAUGGAGCUGGUCAACGUCCACACUUCAGUAUCCGUACCCUUGUUCGCGCCCUUAUCUAUGCCGUCGACCAUUCACACAUCUACGGGUUGCGCCGCGCAAUCUUCGAGGGGUUCUGCAUGAGUUUCCUGACCGUUUUGAGCCAAGAAUCUGAGCGACUCUUGACGCCUCUUCUUGAGAAAUACAUUUUCAGCAAUACCAAAAACGCAAGAGCCCUUCUUGGACAGACGCCUCGCCCCCCGAACGAUGGCAACAACUAUGUGCAAUUCAAACAUUAUUGGAUGCGACAAGGACAUCUGCAACCGGAGCAGCAGCCCCAUUACAUUAUCACCCCCUUCAUUGAGAAGAACCUGAAGAACUUGGUCCGAGCCAGUUCGACUCGCCGAUUCCCUGUUUUGCUGCAGGGUCCAACGUCCGCCGGUAAAACAAGUAUGAUUGAGUAUCUCGCCAAGGUUUCAGGGAACAAGUUCGUCCGUAUCAAUAACCACGAACACACGGAUCUGCAAGAGUAUCUUGGAUCGUAUGUGUCUGGCGAUGAUGGGACCCUUCAUUACCAAGAAGGUAUCCUGGUAGAAGCGCUCAGACAUGGUUACUGGAUCGUCCUCGAUGAACUCAACCUUGCGCCGUCAGAUGUUUUGGAGGCAAUGAACCGGCUUCUCGAUGACAACCGUGAACUCUUCAUACCCGAGACCCAGGAGGUCAUCCACCCCCACCCUAACUUCAUGCUGUUCGCUACUCAAAACCCCGCUGGUCUUUACGGGGGUCGAAAGGUGUUGUCUCGUGCUUUCCGGAACCGUUUCCUCGAGUUGCACUUUGAUGAUAUCCCGGAGAAUGAACUGGAAUUCAUUCUCAAGGAACGGUCCCAAAUCGCCCCUUCGUUUUGCGCCAGGAUUGUGGCUGUUUAUCGGAAGCUUUCCUUACUGCGCCAGACAAACCGCCUUUUCGAACAGAAGAACAGUUUCGCGACCCUGCGUGAUCUUUUCCGGUGGGCUCUUCGACCAGCAGACGACCGUGACCAGCUUGCUGUCAACGGUUUUAUGUUGCUCGCUGAACGUGUCCGGAACCCGCAGGAGAGAGCAGCCGUUAAGAGUGUGAUCGAGGAGGUCAUGAGAGUGAAGAUCGACGAGGAUAUCAUCUAUAGCUCGCGGUAUCUGGAGAAAUGCGCUCAAGGUGUGACGCAGCUCGCGCCGGGCAUUGUGUGGACCAAGGCUAUGAGGCGACUUUUCGUACUGGUUUCCAAGGCAAUUCAGAACAACGAGCCCGUUCUUCUCGUUGGUGAAACUGGAUGCGGAAAGACUCAGCUUUGCCAGGCCGUUGCAGAAAUUUAUGGAAAAGAGCUAUUCGUUGUCAACGCACAUGUCAACCUGGAGACGGGAGAUCUCAUCGGAGCUCAGAGGCCUGUGCGGAACAGGUCAGCGAUUGAGAAGCAGUUAUCCAGUGAUCUUCGAACAGUGCUUGGGGAGAGCCCGCCAGAAUUGGCCUCGCUUGACGAGUUGAAGCACGGUUUUGCGGCAUUGAAUGCGGACCAAUUGACAACUUGCGACCAGGAAUUGGUCCGGCGAGUCCAGCACAACAUUGUUCGGUCCAACGCCCUGUUCGAAUGGACAGACGGAAGUCUCAUCUCCGCGAUGAAAUCUGGGCAAUUCUUCCUUCUGGAUGAAAUUUCCCUCGCGGAUGACUCGGUGCUGGAACGGCUUAACAGUGUCCUGGAGCCUCAACGCUCGAUCCUCCUUGCCGAAAAGGGACCUAUCGAUUCUAUGGUGGUGGCCGAUGGCGGGUUCCAGUUCCUCUCGACAAUGAACCCUGGUGGUGACUACGGUAAGCGUGAGCUUUCCGCCGCUCUUCGUAACCGUAUGACCGAAAUUUGGGCGCCUCAGUUGUCCGAAGACGAGGAUAUCUUGCCCAUUCUCCAGCAGAAACUUAGUCUGGGACGCGAAGAUGUUUCCAAGGCGAUGUUGCAGUUUGCGAAAUGGUUCAAGUGGAUAUUCCAGAGCUCCUCGACAAAUUCUCUUUCGAUCCGUGAUCUCCUUGCCUGGGUCGACUUCGUGAACAAAUGCCAGACUUCGGAUCCGUUGUUCGCAAUUGUGCAAGGUGCUGCGAUGGUCUUCAUCGAUACUCUGGGUGCAAAUCCUGCCGCGAUGCUCGCAAUGUCGCUGCACGAUCUGGAGGGCAACCGUCAGCGGUGCCUCAACAAGCUACAGGAUCUGUUCGCCGUUGACGCAUCUGGCAUCUACUGGCAGAAAUCAACCGUCACUGGGAAGGAUGGGUAUUUACACAUUGGUCCUUUCGAUCUCCCUGUCAAUCGUGACGCGACGCCGGACCCUGAUUUCAUCAUGGAUGCCCCAACCACUAUUGCCAACUCGGUCAGGAUUGCUCGCGGUCUGCAGUCGUCCAAGCCGAUCCUUCUCGAAGGUAGCCCAGGUGUCGGUAAAACCACACUCGUCGCCGCUCUGGCCAAGGCCCUCGGAAAGCCUCUCACUAGAAUUAACCUUUCGGAGCAGACUGACCUUACAGACCUGUUUGGUUCCGAUGUUCCUGUUGAGGGAGGCGAUGUUGGCCAAUUCACCUGGCGCGACGCGCCCUUCUUGCAGGCAAUGCAGCGCGGAGAUUGGGUUCUUCUCGAUGAAAUGAACUUGGCUUCGCAGUCAGUGCUCGAAGGUCUCAACUCUUGCUUGGAUCACCGUCAAUUGGUCUACGUUGCAGAGCUUGACCAGACUUUCAAGAGACACCCCAACUUCGUUCUGUUUGCUGCGCAAAACCCCCAUCACCAAGGUGGUGGACGGAAGGGUCUUCCUGCGUCGUUUGUCAACCGUUUUACUGUUGUGUAUGCGGACAGCUUCACCGACACCGAUUUGAAGAGAAUUAGCGCAAGACUCUUCCCCGGAAGUCCUCAAGUGCAAACCGAUAGGCUGGUUGAUUUCGUCUCGCUGCUGAACAUUGCCAUUACUCAGGAGCGCCGGCUUGGAGCUGUUGGUGGUCCAUGGGAAGUCAACCUCCGUGAUAUCCAAAGAUGGCUUCAGCUGGCAGACCGUGGCGAUCUGCAGAUCCCAACCAACAACUUCCUCGAUGUCAUAAUCGCUCAGAGAUUCCGGAGUCCCGAAGAUCGGGAGUUGGUAUCGAAGCUGUACAAGCGGACUUUCACUGAUGCGCCGACGAAUGCCAAAAGCUACUACCACAACCUGACUCCCGAAUACAUGCAAGUCGGCCUCGGUACUAUGCGGAGAGAUCAACUUGUGCAGCGAACGCCCGAGCCCCAGAUGAAGGUCCUUCCCAGAGACUUGUCCAUCCUUGAGUCGUUGAUGCUUUGCAUAGAGCAGUCAUGGCCGAGUAUUCUGGUUGGAUCCACUGGUUGCGGUAAAACGACACUGAUCAGGAAGAUUGCUGCUGUCAAUGGUGCUCAGUUGGUUGAACUGGCGUUGAGCGCUGACACUGAUACGAUGGAUUUGAUCGGAGGGUUUGAGCAGAUUGACCACAACCGGGAGGUGUCUUCCCUUGUGCAAGAGAUUUCGCGGUUCAUUCAGCAGAACACAAUCUUGUCCUAUUCAUCAGACGGAGUUUCAGACUCAAUCCUGCCUUUCCUUGAGCUUCAUGAGAUGAUCCAAGGCUCUGAUGUCUCUUUGGAGGCGCUAUGCGCCGCCCUUUCAACGUUGCUCCAAUCCUACCAGGAUCCGACACUCGAACAAUUCCUUUCCCGCGCCCAGUAUUUGUUCAAUCUUUCGAGGCAUUCGGACAAGAUGAAGGUCGGUUUCGAAUGGACAGAGGGUGUCUUGACGCAGGCUGUUCAGCAUGGACACUGGGUUGUUCUCGACAAUGCCAACCUGUGCAACCCGUCCGUCCUCGACAGGCUGAACUCUCUUACUGAAUCAAACGGAACCCUCAUUCUCAAUGAGCAGCGUACGGAGGAUGGAUCCGCCCGCACCAUCACACCGCAUCCAAACUUCAGACUCUUCUUGACAAUGGACCCUCGUCACGGCGAGCUGUCUCGCGCCAUGCGGAACCGAUGUGUUGAGAUCUGCUUCUUGCAUCAAGAGACCGACGACUACAGGGCCACACUGGGACCGGCUUACACCUGUGAGUCUUUCUUGUACCGUCUCCGGACUGCCUGGAACUUCGAGUCCCAGCCGGAUGACGAGCAGCUGGCCGGAAAGUCGUACGAAGUACGUCUUAACCAUCUCUCCGCUCGGGACCUGCUCUACCUCCAAAGCUCGCUGGGCUCUUGGAAUUCGGAGCCUUUCACGUCGAUACUCCGUCGUUAUCUGUCGCUGGUACACGACAAUGCUGCUUGGAAGCCACUGGAGCAACUUAAGGCUCAGGUGGUCCUGGGAGGUGCUCCUCUCGCCAUCCAAGGAGAGUCACAACCCUUGCACCCUCUUGUCAAUGAACCACUCGCUUUGAUUUCGGGAUCAAAUGCGCCUCUUCCUUGGCUCAAUUUGUUAGCCCGCCUUCAAGAGUGCAAACUUGACCUUUAUUACUUGAAGCAGGGUUUGCAACGGGCAGACGAGUCUGGGAAGCUUCUUAAGCCAAGUGAAAUGACUCGAUUGGAACGUUCCCUCGCAUCAGGACGGAUACCCGCGUUGAUGAAGGAUGCAACGCAGCCUGUUGGAUUUUUCCUUUCCGACUGCGGUCAAGGGUUGUAUGACUUUAUCCAGCAGCUGGAUCACCAAGUUUUCGACGUUCCAGCCGUAGCAUCUGCUCUCCGUGCCGUUGUCGAUUUCUGCGCCGACAUUUUCAAGGUCAGCGAAGCCAAGCAAGUGGAUGAGGGAGAGUUCCAGAUCUAUCUUCAAAUUGGAAGAGAGCUGUGUGCCGCUCUCUUCAACUCUUCGCCCUUCUUCCAGCCUCUGGCAGUUGCUUUGUCGCAAUACCUUGGUCGUUUCCAGGCCGAGUGGGCUUUGACGAUGGGUCUCAGCAUGCAGAAAAUUUGGGACACCUGGAGGCCUGCAACUCCGGCAACCCAGGGUCAGUUGGACUUGGUGAUGCAACUCGAGGCUGUGGCCCACGAAUUUGGGAACCUCGCCACUAAGACUCGCCUUGAAUUGUCUCAGUUGGGUCGCGUGCGGAACUCGCUCAUCGACGCACAACGGGCUAUCCUUAUAGAUGGUGCUGAUGGAGAGCUGCUUGUCGAGAGUCUUAAGCAGACGGUCACGGAACUGACAAGCGCCGUGCGCCACACCGAUUCGUCCCAGUAUCCUUACUUUGCUGGCGACUUCGAGGCCUUGUGUCAAUACCAUGAUGUUUCCAUGGGUAACAAAGAGGCGGACACUGCUGUCGGGACUAUUAUGCCCCUUCUCGCCGGCCGCCCCGCGAGACCGGUUGAUGCCUCAAACCUUCAAAGCCAAAUCCCAGGUGUUCUGCAUAAGUUGGCUCAACUAUCCGGAUCUAGUGACUCGACAACCCACGCACCUGCAAUGGGCGGCACCGCUUCCCUGUCUCUGCUUGAAAAGAUUAUGUUCGUUGACACUACCAGCUUGGGUCAAAUGGAGUUCCUCGAGGCCGAAAAGCAGGCACUAUCCAAGGCUGUUGCAUUGACUAGUCACGAAAUCGCCAUGGAUCAGGCGAAGGUUCUCAGGCAGGCACUGGCAAGAAUAGCUCUCGAAUCCGUCAACCUUCACAAGGAGUUGUUCGAGCCACAGUCCUUGGAAUAUAUGCUUACGGUUUUGCGGACUAUUGAGAAGCAGGGCUCGUACAAUGACUGGCAACCAUCGAGCUGUCGCCUGGAGAAGAGCCUGCAGGAUGACCAUUACUUCAAGGCAUUCGCAGAGAAAGCGCUUCCUGGUCUCGUAUCGACCCUUGUGGCUGGUGCGCAGAACCAAGAGGAGGAUGUUCGGAAUGCUGGAGUGGCAACUAUUGAACUGGCAACCAUCCUCCUGCGUCUUUACGUGCCCGACAAACCUUUCGAUCCCUCGCUCGGCCUGGUCGUCCAACGCAAGCGACAUGCUCAGCGUGUAUCCGAACUCACUACCAAGUCCGAGGCUAUCUCUGCAUUUGAAGUCGGAUUCACCGGACAGAGCUCGAAUAUGCGCCAUGAGAUCUUACAAGGCGAACUACGGGAUCUAGGAGCAGCUCCGCCGCCUUCAUCUGUCACUCGGCCACAGAAUUCUUCGAUCAGCCUCUUGCAAGGCGAAUUCUCCAACCUCAUCACCUCCGUGCUCGACAGACAUCCAGAGGCUAUGGUCACGAACGGAGAUGCUAUGAAGGUCCAAGAAGCCAAGCUACUCCGCGACAAUGUUCAGCAGUUGAGCCGUCGUCUAAGCACCCACUACCGGUCUUACGAUGACAUCACAACGCCUGUUGUUCGUUUGCUCCAGGUCUUGGAUCUUGGAAUGUACUUGGCUUCUAGCCAGUCAGGCGAGGUCCAGAUUCUGAAGGCAGUCAGUGAGAUCACGCCGUUCCUCGGUGGUGUUAUCCACCCGGAGUCUACCUUGGAUGGCGCAAGACCGUCACCAGCCUCAAACCGUGUCCUCGACAUCAGGUUCCAUGAGCUCUCAUCCCUGGGAGUAGCGGCGAACGCAGACUCCAUGGUUCUUCAAAGCCAGAAAGGCAGGGACGCUCUGCGCCGGAUAUUCGAGCAGUUCCACUACUUGUGGAAGACAAAGCUUCGCGAAGACCAAGAGGAGCAAGCACAAAAGAGCAAUUUGUACCAAUACCGUGGUUCUUGGGAGGACGAAGAGCAAGUGGACGAAACCGAAUUGCGUGAGAUGUUCCCUACGUACGACACCGACGUUGUGGAAGAAGGCAAGGAGCCGAACCGCUUCGACCCCAAGGCUAUCUCUCGCCGGCUCGCUUCGCUCCAUGCGAAGCUGUUCGAGUCUGACGACACGGAACGAACUCUGUCAGCCUUCGUCAAGGAAUCCGCCCGCCUGUUGGGAACUCUUUGGUCAGAGAGCAAGACUGCCAUAUCGCCGAUCCAUCCGAAGGAACAUCUCCCCGGUGUGCUGUUACUGCUUGACGAUAUGAUUAGCGGAGAAGCACCAAAGUACAACUUCUACACGGAUUCGAACCUCACAGAGGCUCGUAAACUCAUUGCCUUGACGGUUUCCGUGCAGUCGCGCUUUAUCCAGCUUCAAACAGCAUGGCCUGAUCAUGCAGUGAUUCAGGACGUCAUUCUGUACUGCAAGGAUAUCUUCCAGUUCAAGCACUCGGAGCCCGUUGCCAAGUUCCUUACGAAGGUCGAGAAGCUUCACGGACUUGUUUAUGAAUGGCAGCUUGUAGCCAGCCGAGAAUAUUCCGCCGCUUCGCUCUAUGAUGAACUGACGAGUACGAUCAUCAACUGGCGGCGCCUCGAGCUAUCAACAUGGGCUAAGCUUCUGGACAUUGAGAAGGAGAAGUGCGAUCAAGACGUGAGCUCGUGGUGGUUCGUCGCGUACGAAGCGAUCAUCGCAGCUCCACUGCAAAUGGCGGAAUCUGGCGAGGCGGACAUGGGUGCUCACAUCCAGGAGGUCAUCGCAACUCUCGAACAGUUCUUCCUUUCGACAACCCUGGGACAAUACAGCGAGCGUCUACGUCUCGUUGCCAACUUCCGCUCUUUGCUUCUGCUCUACGUUCAAGACUAUCCCUCCCUGGGCCAGCUUGUUUCCGGUCUGCAGAACUUCCUCGAACACUACAAACCGUUUGAACCUCUCGUUAACAAACUCCUGGUUGAGAAACGCGCUGGUCUCGAGAAGGACAUCAAGGAACAAAUCCAACUGGCCAGCUGGAAGGACACCAACAUUGUUGCCCUCAGGGAGAGUGCCAAGCGCUCCCACCACAAACUGUUCAAGCUUGUUCGGAAAUACCGCGAAGUCCUUGCGGGACCUGUCCAACCUACUCUGGAACAGGGAAUGUCUGACUACAGCGAAGAGCCUAGUCUUGCUGCUUCUCGUGCUGACUUCCUGCCCACGGCUGUUAUUCCUGAAGCGUUGGACAUGUGCCAGAAGGACAGCGCACUGUGGCUUAACCGGGCACCCCGGUUCAAGAACACGGAUACCACAGUCAACAACAUGACGCAGCUGUACUCGUCCAUGCCUUCCGACUUCGACAUCGCUGAGGAUAUCGGCAGCUUCGUCAGCUACGUCAUUGAAGGCAUCAAUGACUUCAAGUCCCAGACGCCGAAAAUACUGACCGAAGACAACAAGGAGGAUGUUCAGCAUCUCAAGGUUCAGAAGCGUCGUUUCUUUGCUGAUACUCUGCGACAAAUGCUGGAGAUGGGCAUUAAGCGCAAUGCGAGCACCAGCUUGCUCGAAACCCAGGCGUCUUCUGCUCAGGUCCUUGCUACGAUUGCCACCCUCGACAUCAGCCCCGUGUCCUCGCAUCUGAUCCAGAAUGCCAACUCCUACUUCCACAGGUUCUUGGAUCUAUUGCCUCGCACUCGCCAGGCAUCGCACCACUACUCUGAGGAGUUAAGCAAUGUCGAAGCGUCUAGGGGUAUGGGUUCUAUCGAGCACCUGCUCUUCACGCUCAGGAAGCAGAGAGGCGUCAUCUCUCCUGCCCUUUCGAACUUGAGCUCCUUCAAGUCUACGAUCGCUAAGAUGUCUAAUCUGUGGCAAUCUGGUCUCAACUCUCUCUCUGCUUCUCCACGAUCUCCGGCUGAUGGCCAAGAUCUGUCGAAGAUUGUCGCAUGGCUGACUCCUAUUCUUGGAAUGGCCGCAGAAAUUGUAGACGUGCAUUCCAGGUUCUCUAGAAUUGACGCAACGGCCAUCUCCAAGGACCUGCGAGCAUGGAAAGCCACGUCUGACCGCCUACACAAGUCUCUGGUCAACCUUCCUACGCUGCCAUCCAGUGUUUCUUCGCAGCAACAUCAAGCCCUUGUCGAUGAGUCAUGGUCCUCCCUCAACCAAUUGACCAUCGACCUUGCGAAGUGGACUUCCGAACGCCCUGACUUAUCUUUCGCAUUGGACCAAAUCACACCCUGGAUCAAGACGAAGACCGAUUCGACCAUGCAGCAGAACGGAACGAUGGCGUUUACCGUCCAAGACUUCGAUGCAAGUCUCCUCAAUGCUGUUGAUAAGAUACUCGUCGGUCUGCAGAAGUUGAAGGAAGUGCCGGCUGCACUCACCUCUGAAGGUACCUUGGCACGCAGUGACGAGUUCUUCAGUCGUACUAUCAAGUCUGUCCGCUUGUCUGAAAUCACCUCAUCUCUGGAGUCUGUCUUGGACACACUGCACUCCGGUGCCGAUAUCCCCUACGCUUCCGCAUUGAUCGCAAGCGUCCUGCCGAUUACGAACAAGUACUACCUCAUCUGCGAAGACCUCACCGACCGCUUCAUCUCCGUCCACCGCGAAACAUGUAAGAUGUCCUACGUGCUCGCCAAGUCCUUUAUGACGAUUGCGUCUGAAGGAUUCUGUCAACCUGCCGAGGCGUCUACGGGUGAAGAGAGCAAAUCCGGCCAGCUAGAAAGCGGUACGGGUCUUGGUGAUGGUGAAGGUGCGGAAGAUAUUAGCAAGGAUGUUGCUGAUGAUGAGGACCUGUCGGAGCUUGCGCAGCAACAGAACGAGGAAGCUAAGGAGGAUCAGGAGGACUCUGGGGAUGCAGUGAAUAUGGAUCAAGAGGAAAUGCAGGGAGAAUCUGGCGAGCGUAAGGAAGGAGAGGAGGAUGAAGAGAACGAGAGUGGUGAGGAAGGAGAAGAUGAUAUUGAUGAGGAGGUUGGCAGUGUCAACGAUCUUGACACCGAUGCACUUGAUGAGAAGAUGUGGGAUGGUGAGCGUGAUGAGCAGCAAAAGGAAACUGAAACGCAAGAAGGCAAGGGUGCCACGGAAUCGGAAGAGCAGACCGCAGGGGAGAAGGAGCAGGAGCAGAAGGAUCAAGAAAAGGGUGAGAAGAGUAAGGAAGGGGAGGAAGAAGAAGAGGAGGAAGACGAAGAGGAAGAAGAUCCGGAUGAUGAGGGCGAGGCUGUUGGACGUGAAGAUAUGGAUGUGACAGAUCCGCACGCCAAGGAGGAAGAAGCGCUUGACCUCCCCGAGGAGAUGCAGCUCGAUGGAGAAGAGCAGGGAGAUAAAGACGAGGGUGACGACGAUGAUGGAAUGGAUGAGCUUUCCGACAUGGGUGCAGCACCUGAAGAGGAACAAGCUGAGCAGCAAGGAGAAAACGCCGAGGAAGACGCCGCCGAUAUGGACCAGACAGCAGAGGAGCAAGGAGAAGGAGAAGGAGAAGGCGAGAACGAAGAAGAGAAGCCCGAGGAUGCCGAAGCCAACGAAGCUGAAGGCGAUGACGAAGCCAAUGCUCCGGGCGAGGACGAAGAGCAACCGGAAGAAACCGAUUUCCUCGCUCAGCGCGACGAGAACGAAGCCGCGGGUGAGGAGGUUGCCCCUAGUGAAGCUGUCAACGGAGGUCUCGGCGCCGAUCAAGAUCAGAACCAAGACAAAGGUGCAUCCGGCGACGCACAGCAAGAAGAUGGCGCGGCGGAUCCUGCAAACACCGAGCAGCAGACUGGCGCUGCUCAGGACGGCGAAGACAGCAAGCGAAGCCGCGACGCGGGUGGUGCGGACGAUAACACGAAAUCCGAGAAGCCUGAGAUGCAGGCGUUCAAGAAAAUGGGCGACAUCCUGGAGCAAUGGCACCGUCGUCAGAAGGAGAUAAUGGAAUCGUCGAAGCAGGAAGACGAAGCUGAACAACAGCUGCCUGAAGACACCGACAUGGCAGAUGCUGACUUCGAACACCUCGCGGAUCAAGACGAUGUCGCUGACACGCAAGCCCUUGGCCAAGCCAGCGAAGAGCAAGCAAAGGCUCUGGAUCAGAAUAAGGGUGUUGAGUCUGAUAUCAAGCCCAACGACGAGGCUUUGCCCGAUGUGUCGAACGACCAACAAGAGGAUCUCCCUGAGAACAAUCAGGAUGAGAUGCAGGUAGACAACGACGCAGCUCCCACGGAACGAGAAGGGGCGGGGGCCAUGAUUCCUGGUAACGCUCAGACCCAGGAACGGACAACCGAGUCCCUUGGCCAGCAAGAUCUCAACGAGGAACUAGACGAGGUGGACUCCCAUCUCGCAGCCAUCCACCUGUCCUCCACCCUCCCACCGCUCACACCCCGUGAUGAAGCCCAACGCCUCUGGUCGCAAUACGAAUCCGCCACCAACGACCUCUCCCUCUCGCUCACAGAACAACUCCGCCUCAUCCUCGCCCCAACUCUAGCCACAAAACUCCGCGGCGACUUCCGCACCGGAAAACGUCUCAACAUCAAACGCAUCAUCCCCUACAUCGCCUCGCAGUACAAGCGCGACAAGAUCUGGAUGCGCCGCUCCAUCCCCUCCAAGCGCAACUACCAAAUCAUGCUCGCCGUCGACGACAGCAAGUCCAUGUUAGAAAGCGGCAGCGGCCAACUCGCCUUCGAAACCCUCGCCCUCGUCGCAAAGUCUCUCAGCAUGCUUGAAGCAGGUGAUCUGUGUGUCUUGGGCUUCGGUAACGAGGAUCAUGUCCGCGUUGCGCAUGAGUUCGGUAAACCUUUCUCCUCGGAUGCGGGCACGGAGGUCUUCCAGCACUUCAGCUACCAGCAAACCGGCACGAACGUGCGCAAGUUGAUCGCUGAUUCCAUCGCUCUCUUCCGCGAGGCGCGCUUCAAGCGCUCUCCUGGCUCCGGCAGCGCUGACCUAUGGCAACUGGAGCUGAUCAUUUCGGACGGUAUCUGUGAAGACCACGAUACCAUCCGCCGCCUCGUGCGCCAGGCUCUUGAAGAGCGAAUCAUGGUUGUCUUCAUCAUCGUGGAUGCUGUCAAGGGAAGCUCGAUCUUGGAUCUCAGCCAGGCGAGCUUCGAGCCGGAUGUUGAGAGUGGGACAGGAGAGAUGAAGUUGAAGAUGAAGAGGUAUUUGGAGGAUUUCCCGUUCCCUUACUACUUAGUUGUGCGUGAUGUGAGAGAGUUGCCUGCUGUUUUGGCUACGGCGUUGAAACAGUGGUUUGCUGAGGUUGUUGAUGUUUCUUCUUAA